AUGCAGGUGUUACAGUUAUGGUUAACAACUUUGAUCUCUUUGGUGGUGGCAGUGCAGGGAUUACAUUUCGACAUUGCGGCAUCUACAAACCCAGAACUGGUUUGUAUUCGUGAUUUUGUCACUGAAGGUCAGUUGGUGGUCGUGGAUGUCCACUCGGAUGGUUCUGUUGGAGAUGGACAAAAGCUAAACCUCUUCGUGCGUGAUUCUAUUGGAAACGAGUAUCGUAGAAAGAGGGAUUUUGCAGGUGACGUUCGUGUUGCGUUUACUGCUCCAUCUUCUACAGCAUUCGACGUUUGUUUUGAAAAUGAGGCUCAGUAUCGUGGCCGUUCUUUGAGCAGGGCCAUUGAAUUGGACAUUGAGAGCGGUGCUGAAGCUCGUGACUGGAACAAGAUCAGCGCCAACGAAAAGUUGAAACCUAUAGAAGUCGAGUUGCGUAGAGUGGAGGAAAUCACGGACGAAAUUGUCGACGAAUUGACUUACUUGAAAAACAGAGAGGAGAGACUAAGAGACACUAAUGAAUCUACCAAUAGAAGGGUAAGAAAUUUCUCAAUUUUGGUUAUUAUUGUCUUGUCCUCGCUGGGUGUUUGGCAAGUCAAUUAUUUGAAAAACUACUUCAAAACGAAACAUAUCAUUUAG